CGCGAGAAUAUAUAUAGAAUCCAAGAUUGCACCUUUUUAUAGUAUAUAAAAGAUCACAGCACAGAGGACCGGAGGACAUUACGAUCGGUCAGCUCCGAAACGCCUCCAAAAGCUUCCAACGUUUGACGACCUGUUUGUUUGCCCCUCUCAGCCUCAGACGCCAUGGGAAUCGUCGGAAAUCUCAGUCCUGACCAGCUCCAGACCUUCCGCUCCCAAGGUUAUCUUGUCAUGGAAUCGUUUGCGAGCGCGGAGGACAUCGAGGCCAUGAGGAGCAGAAUGGACCAAUUGCUCCAAGACUUUGACUGCUCUUCCACCGCCUCUAUUUUCUCCACCAAGAACCAGCAACACACUACUGAUAAUUACUUCUAUGAUAGCGUCGACAACAUUUCGUUUUUCUUCGAAGAGAAAGCCUUUGGGAGUGAUGGAGAACUGCAACAGCCGAAGGAACUUUCGAUUAACAAAGUUGGCCAUGCGUUACAUGAGCUCGAUCCAGUAUUUAAAAGGUUCACGUAUUCUGAGAAAAUUUCAGGCUUGUUCUCCUCCUUGGGUUACAAAAGGCCCAUUGUCAUUCAGUCUAUGUACAUUUUCAAGCAACCAGGAAUCGGAGGUGAGGUAGUGCCACAUCAGGAUAAUUCAUUUCUUUAUACCGAUCCACCAACUUGCACAGGGUUGUGGCUGGCUUUAGAAGAUGCAACAAUAACGAAUGGCUGCCUAUGGGCUAUUCCUGGAUCUCAAAAGAAUGGGCUUGUACGACGGUUCAUUAGAGGAGAAGAAGGUGUGACCUUUGAUCGGCCUUCCCCUGUGUAUGAUCAAAAAGAUUUUAUUCCCAUCGAAGUGAAAGCUGGGUCUUUAGUUGUUAUUCACGGUGAUCUUAUUCAUCAAAGUUUCGAGAAUCAGUCCUCGAAAUCAAGGCAUGCGUACAGCUUGCAUGUGGUGGAUACCGAUGGCUGCAAAUGGUCUCAAGAUAAUUGGAUCAGGAGAAAAGUGGAGCCAGAGCCUCUCUAUGUAUCUUCUUUGACCUAAAACUUGCUCUGUAGAUCCGUUACACAAUGCUGCAAUGAUCCUCAAGCAGAUGCAGAGCCAUCUACUUUGAAGGUAUUCCGCAUUCGAAGUUCCUGUGAACAUCUACAUCUGUAAGGGGGUUGUCGAGAAGAAAUUCGAUAAACGCUGAGUCAUUUGUUUCUUUAGAUGAAUAAAGCUGAGCCAUUUAUCAUUGUAAUCAAUAAUCUUCUCUUGCUUUUUUAGGUGUGAACUGUUUAGUUAAUAGUGCAUUGUAUGAAAAUAAGUAUAAAACAGUACCUCCGAAUAUGAACAGCUUAGCCGUAUAUUGCUUGCUUUGUAUGACAACCGUCCUUUGGUCUCC